AUGAUUAAUUUCAUCAAGAGUGAAGCCAAGGAAAAGGCCGAUGAAAUUGAACUCCAAACCAGAGAAGACUUUGCCAUUGAAAAACAAAACCUCGUUGAAGAUGGUAAAAAGAAAAUCAGAGAAGAUUAUAACAAGAAGGAACAACAAGUUAUUAUAAAAAAGAAAAUCGAUCACUCAAACGAAAUUAAAUCUGCUCGUUUGGAAAUUUUGAAAUUGAAGGAAGAAAUUUUGAAGGAUAUGGUUGCUGAAGCUUUGGAACAAAUUAAGAAGGCUAUUCUCAACAAGGAUGUGUACAAGAAGCUUUUGCACGAUUUGGUCUUGCAAGCUGCUCUCCGUUUCCUUGAUUCCGAACUUAACGUAUACUGCAGAGAACAAGAUUACGAAUUGGUUGCCUCUCAAAUGGCUAGUGUUCAAACUGCUUAUAAGAAUAAGACUAACAUGGAUGUUAAAAUCACUGUCCAAAAGAAGAACUACUUGGCUGCCAACGCUGCUGGUGGUGUUCUUGUUCACUCAAAGAAUGACUUGAUUAAGAUUGAUAACACUUUAGAAAAGCGUGUUUAUUUGUGUCAAGAACAAAAGCUGCCAGAACUUCGUAAGAUGCUCUAUGGUGAUAUUGAUUCCAGACUUGUUUAA